AAAGAUUCCACACACCACACAUAUCUCAACCUCACAACUCUCUAUCACCAAUCUUCCAAACCAAAACCCCACACAAAGCCCACCAAAAUGGAAACCAGCGACACCUUCACCCUCCUCCCCCUCACUCUCGACCCAACCACCAAAGCCAUCUCCUCCGCAAUCCCCGCCUCCACCGCUCUCACCGAAGAACUCACCGCCCUCAACCAGCUCCACCGCUCCCUCCUCAGCCUCGAGGCCCCCCACACCGUUCCCCCGCCCCCGCUCCCCGUCGUCCCAAAACGCAGCGCGCAAAUCACCAAGCUCCGCGAGAGCGGCAACGCCGACUUCCGCAAGAACAGGUUCCCCGAAGCGAUUCGCAUGUACAGUGUUGGGAUUGAUAUGGCGCUGGCUCGGCCUGGGUGGGAGCCCUCGGGCUUGGUGCGGGAGGAGGUGUCGGCGCUGUUUGCGAACCGCGCGCAGGCGCACAUGAGCUUGCAGCAGUGGGUGGAGGGCGCGCUGGAUGCGGAGAGUAGUGUUGAGAUGAAGAAGGUCGGGAAUGCGAAGGCGUGGUGGCGGAGGGGGAAGUGCUUGCAGGAGAUGGGUAGGGUGGAGGAGGCGAGCGAGUGGGUGGGGCAGGCGUUGGAGUUUGAGGCUGCAGAGGCGGAUUUGCUGCAGCUGAAGAAGGAGUUGGAUGCUCAGUUGGUGCAGAAGGGGAGGUAGGGGGCUAGGAGGAGAUGGAGGAGGGUUGAAGUGGGCUUGUCUGGGAUACGGCAUGGGGGAGCUUGCAUUGCACGGCGUUUGGGACAUUGGGCGAUACAUGUGGAUUUCGAUUCGGUUUGAAGCGAUAUGAUAUUGUGGGGAGGGUCUGUACUGAGGAGUAUGGCUUCAUCUUUUGUACCGAAUAUCGACAAUAUCGACACGGACCGAGUUACAAGUCCACACAACUAUCUACGGACUAUCUCUCCCUUUAUACGAUCUUCGAUUCUAAUCCCUCACAGUCCCCGCGCAAAGCCGGAAUUUGAAGAGGGGCUUUGACUUAGACUGAAAACAUGCUUCGAUAUGAUCGAAGUCAGGACGUUCUCGAAGAGUUGGGUGAUGGUGGAAUGAAAAGAAUAGUGACUUGAUUUAGGCCCUACAUGUCUUUAAGAUAGAAACCGACUGCCGUUUUGCGCAAUCUAAACUUUUUGCUGUUACGGA